AUGGAGUUCCAACUCAUGCAGCAGUCAUUAGCCAGUCCACGGAAGCCCCUUCGCCACCUCUUGAUCCCCCCAACAUCCGUCCGCCCCCCCCUCCCGCCUCGAUCCACCAACACUCCCGAGCCCCGCCUCCUUGGUUUGCAUGCUGGGUCGGUCGUCUAUUGCUCAACUUCUGGCGCGUUGACUGUGAACGGGUAA